UUUUGAAUCUGGAUUCAGAAGUUGAACCAGAAAGACAAAUGACCAUAUGAACGAGAAACAAAUGAGAAGACCGCAGGAGUAAGAAAAUUAGACGCUUCCAAGGAGAUCGAAGAGAUUUCCCAAAACUCUAAGGGAGCCUUGGAGGAACCUCGCGAUACUCGCUCAUCUCUCAAGAAGCGUUUUUUUUCGUAUGUUAAUAUCAUUCCUGUCUCCCAAAUCCCACUUAUCUUAAUUAUGGUCAAGAAAUGAUUUCAACCUGAAGCAAAAAGAAGAAAAGCGGAACCAUUCGUCUAGAUCUUACGUCGUCCGAUCGAUCCCCGCGACGACACACCAGCUGCUCAUCCUCAUUGUGGUUGUUGUCGUCUGAAGAGAGGUAAAGAAAUGGAGGGCGAGAUGGUUAAAGACGAGGCUCUGCGUAUCAUUAGCCUCUUCGAAGUUCUCCCGAGCUUGGUCGUCUUCGAUCUUGAUUACACCCUUUGGCCUUUUUACUGUGAAAUGCGCUCGAAAAGGGAAAUGCCAUCUUUAUACCCACAAGCUAAGGGCAUCAUACAUGCAUUUCAGGAGAGAGGAAUAGAAAUGGCAAUUGCUUCACGAUCGCCCACUCCUGACAUCGCUAACACGUUCAUUGAUAAGCUCAGUUUGAAGUCGAUGUUUGUAGCCAAG